GCCGGAUUCUAACUUUUCCUAACAUUGCUCAGAGGAAGGACAGCCUGGAGGACAGAGGACAGCAGCUGUGGACAGGGAGGGGAAGUCCUGAUGUGAACUUUGAGGACGUGGCCAUUGCCUUCUCUGAAGAGGAGUGGGUGAUCCUGGAUGAUGCUCAGAGACUUCUGUACUACGAUGUGAUGCUGAAAGUGUUUGCCCUUGUAUCAUCUGUAGGUUGUUGGCAUAAAAUGGAAGAUGAGGAGGCCUGUUCUGAUCAGCGAGUAUGUAUACAAGGCAAGUCACAGGUCAGGACUUCUAAGACAGCUCCAGUCACCCAUAAGAACCAUCUCUGUAAGCGGUGUUUCUCUCUGUUACAACAUAUUUUGCACCCGACUGGGUCACAUGCAGCGUACUUUGAGAAGAAAGCCUUCUGUAGCGACACAUGUGUUGGAGAAUUCUGUUUCGGUGUAAACCCUCACCAGCAACAAAAGAAUGAAUGUGGAGAGGGGCCCUGGAAAGAAGCUAUGGACGGGGCCUCUUUUGUGAGCAGGUGCAGCUUCUCCUUACCUUCGGUGCCUUCAACCAGCAGGGAGGUUGGGGAAGACGUGCAAUCCAACUCACAGCUUCCCCAGCACCAGGCCACUCUCAACACUGAGGAGCUACACUGUGGCAGUGAGAUUUCACAGGAAUUUCUCAGUGGAAAAAGUCAUCACCGGUGGGAUGAAUGUAAAAACGCUGCCAGCCACAACCUGAAAGUUGUUCAGUGUCAGGGUGUGUGUUCUGGAGAACUGAUUUAUGAGUGUAACAGGUAUAGGAAAGUGUUUAGACGAAACUUUAAUGUCAUUCGACAUAUGGGAGUUCAUACUGGAGAAAAGCAGUAUCAGUGUAAUGAAUGUGGGAAGUUCUUCAGAGAAAGACCUGCACUCAUAAGACACCAGAGAGUUCACACUGGAGAGAAGACAUAUGUGUGCAGACAUUGUGGGAAGUCUUUCAGUUACAACUCUAACCUCAAAAAACACAACAGAGUUCACACAGGAGAAAAGCCAUAUAAGUGCAGUGAAUGUGGGAUAUCCUUUCGUCAGAAGACCCACCUCAUGGAACACCUCAGAGUUCACACUGGACAGAAACCAUAUGAGUGCAGACAUUGUGGGAAAUCCUUCCGUUCCAAGGCUAACCUCAAACAACACAACAGAGUUCACACAGGAGAAAAGCCAUAUAAGUGCAGAGAAUGUGGGAUGUCCUUUCGUCAAAAGAGGCACCUCACUGAACACCUCAGAGUUCACACUGGACAGAAACCCUAUGAGUGCAGACAUUGUGGGAAAUCCUUCCGUUCCAAGGCUAACCUCAAACAACACAACAGAGUUCACACAGGAGAAAAGCCAUAUAAGUGCAGAGAAUGUGGGAUGUCCUUUCGUCAAAAGAGGCACCUCACUGAACACCUCAGAGUUCACACUGGACAGAAACCCUAUGAGUGCAGACAUUGUGGGAAAUCCUUCCGUUCCAAGGCUAACCUCAAACAACACAACAGAGUUCACACAGGAGAAAAGCCAUAUAAGUGCAGAGAAUGUGGGAUGUCCUUUCGUCAAAAGAGGCACCUCACUGAACACCUCAGAGUUCACACUGGACAGAAACCCUAUGAGUGCAGACAUUGUGGGAAAUCCUUCCGUUCCAAGGCUAACCUCAAACAACACAACAGAGUUCACACAGGAGAAAAGCCAUAUAAGUGCAGAGAAUGUGGGAUGUCCUUUCGUACAAGGGCUCAGCUCACUGUACACCUCAGAGUUCACAGUGGGGAGAAGUCAUAUGAGUGUAGAGAAUGUGGGAAGUCCUUUCGUCAAAAGACCCACCUCACUGACCACCUCAGCGUUCACACAGGAGAGAAACCAUAUGAGUGCAGACAUUGUGGGAAAUCCUUCCAUUACAAGUCUAACCUCAGACAACACAGCAAAGUUCAUACAGGAGAAAAGCCAUAUAAGUGCAGAGAAUGUGGGAUGUCCUUUCGUACAAGGGCUCAGCUCACUAGACACCUCAGAGUUCACACUGGAGAGAAGCCACAUGAGUGUACUGAAUGUGGGAUGUCCUUUCGUACAAGGGCUCAGCUCACUAGACACCUCAGAGUUCACACUGGAGAGAAGCCACAUGAGUGUACUGAAUGUGGGAUGUCCUUUCGUACAAGGGCUCAGCUCACUAGACACCUCAGAGUUCACACUGGAGAGAAGCCACAUGAGUGUACUGAAUGUGGGAUGUCCUUUCGUACAAGGGCUCAGCUCACUAGACACCUCAGAGUUCACACUGGAGAGAAGUGUUAAAUGUGCAGGGAAUGUUUCCUUUUAUUCACUUAGAAUAACAACACUGAAGGAGACUCUUUGCGACCUAUUUUCCUAAAUUUAAACCCCUUUUAAUGGAACAUACACUCUUCUAGAUUCCUCAUGUUUCCAGUACAGGUGAAGCUUAAACCAUAUGGAGGCCUGUUCUGAUCAGCGAGUAUGUAUACAAGGCAAGUCACAGGUCAGGACUUCUGAGACAAGUAAAAGUGCAUUGCACUUUGUAACAUGCCCAGGUCUUCUACCCGAUUGAUUUGUGGCUGAAGAGAUUUCCCCUCUACCACCUGGCUCACCUGAAGAGUGUGUAUCAGUCCCAACCACUGCGUGCUCAGGGGAAAUGUAUUCUGUGUUGUCACUUGUGCUUGAGAACAUUAGGAACCCUCCGCUCCUGACAGGAUCUUCAUUUAUCUCCGAGGAGGUAAUGCACCUGACCCAGGGUUCAUACAGGGCACCUUCCUCAGCUAAGAAGUGCGGCCUCUGUCAGGGACAUGUGGUUCUCACAUUAUGCUGUGAUGAAUUGUUUCAAAUUCUGAUUCACCAACCUGCAAACCGCUUUCUGUCCUAUUUUCUGGUUUGUGAUCUUUAGUAAAGGUAUUUUUUCUUUAGUACCUUUAAUUUUCUUGGUUAUAUUCACCCCCAGGGAUGAUUUUCAAGCACUAUUGUGGUCUACGUUAUAUAAUUUACAGAUAUUGUGUGGAUCCCAACGUUUCUGUGCUUUAGGAGGGACAGCAUAGUGCCAGGAAAUCACUCUUUGACCAAUAUUGGCUUUUAGUGCAUUGCUGCCCACGGCCUUGAAAUAAAGACUGCGUGACUUUGUGGUU